AUGGGUGUUGAUUUGGAGUCGGUGUCGGAAGCCACCUCCGGAGCCGUCGGGUCGCUUCUGAGCACGACGAUCUUAUAUCCGCUUGAUACAUGUAAAUCAAAGUUCCAAGCUGAGAUUCGAGCUCGAGGUCAGCAGAAAUACAGAUAUCUUUCAGAUGUCUUGUGGGAAGCAAUUUCCAAACGACAGAUUUUGUCGCUGUAUCAAGGCUUAGGGACAAAGAAUUUGCAGUCUUUUGUUUCGCAGUUUAUCUAUUUUUAUAGCUAUAGCUAUUUCAAGAGGGUGCAUAGUGAAAGAACUGGUUCUAAAUCAAUCGGAACAAAGGCAAACUUGCUCAUUGCUGCUGCUGCUGGGGCUUGUACUUCCGUCUUAACUCAGCCUCUAGAUACAGCUUCGUCGAGGAUGCAAACGAGUGAGUUUGGAGAAUCAAAAGGGUUAUGGAAGACUUUAACAGAGGGUACAUGGGGAGAUGCAUUUGAUGGCUUAGGGAUCUCUCUUUUAUUGACUUCAAAUCCCGCAAUUCAGUAUACGGUGUUCGAUCAGCUGAAACAGCACCUUCUUAAACAGAAAACUGAAAAAGUCGACAAUGGUUCUUCCCCGGUAGUGCUCUCUGCCUUUAUGGCGUUCGUAUUAGGUGCUGUCUCCAAAAGUGUUGCCACUGUCCUCACAUAUCCAGCAAUCAGGUGCAAAGUGAUGAUUCAAGCCGCUGAUGACUCGAAGGAAAACGAAACUAAGAAGCCAAGAAGAAGGACAAGAAAAACGAUUCCAAGUGUUGUCUAUGCCAUAUGGAGAAAAGAAGGGAUGUUAGGGUUCUUCAAGGGCUUGCAGGCUCAGAUCUUGAAGACAGUUCUGAGCUCAGCAUUACUACUGAUGAUCAAAGAGAAAAUCACUGCAACGACAUGGAUUCUCAUUCUAGCUAUACGUAGAACUCUGUUUCUCACAAAGGGUAGGUUGAAAAAUCCUUGA